UUACUCAUCUGUUUCCCUGUGACAGCAUUUUUAGAUUUGCCACAGUUUUACUUUUCUCGUGUCUCUUAGGCCCAGUUUGCACUUUGACCCAGAGGAUAUCCUGUUCCUUCUCAGCAGCAGAGGACAGAAAAAAGCAAGCAGCCAAAGGAUCCGCUCAGUUUUUAGGCUUUCCUGUUGAAAGGAAGACAGAAUCUUUUUACGAAAGCAGAAAAAAAGCUGGACUUUGAGGCAUUAAAUUAAAGGUUUUAAAAUGAUGGAAGAGGUGACUGAGGCGCCUUCUCUUCUGAGCGUCUAUGGAAAUACAAUCAAAGUUACAGAAGUGCUGCAGGAGGGGGAAACCCUUACCUUUAUAAUUGUUUCUCAAAAGCUGUCUGGGACAGGAGAGUACCAUGUACACCGGACGUACGAUGACUUUGAAUGGCUGCAGCAGCAUCUCUACGCUCAGGAGGAUGUGCCAGGGAUACAAGGAGUCAUAUUUCCUCCUCUUCCAUUGAGGCCUCAGGUGACUGCAUCUGCUAAAACGAUGAAGCAGCUUGGUUUCCUCUGUUUAGGAGAGUGGCAGCCGUACUGCAAAGCCCUGGAAACGUUCCUCAGGCAGGUUGCUGCUCACAGCAUACUCAGCAAAAAUAAAGCUGUGGAGAUCUUCCUGACAAACACUGAACCCCCAGGUAGACAGAAAGCUAAGAGAAACAUCUUCAACCGCCUGAGUCAAGCUGUGGAAGAAAUGAGGAAAGAAGGACAUAAGGAUGUAGAUGAGUUUUUUCAGACAGAACGUGAUCAUAACCUUCUUCUAACUGCACACACCAGGGCUGCAGCAGAGAAAUUCCUCGAUGUGGUUUUAACCGAACAAAAAAUAGCCGUGGCCUGUGGGCACUUUGCUGCUGCGCUGCACCUUUGUGUUGAAAAUGGGGAUGAUCCUGAAAAACAGGCCUUUUCUUGGGCUUGUGUGAAAUUGUCAGAAGCCUUUGAUUCCAUAAAGAAAAACAUGAUGAGCGUUGCUGUAAACGACAUGAACACUCUUGGAUUGGGUCUUGACCUUGACUCACGUUACCAGGAGUCAGAAAAGGAAAUGCUCUUCAGAAGAACCUGCAAACUGGUUGAGUUGGAAAAUGCCAGAAGAAACGCAGAGAGGGCCAAACCUGUAAAGAAAAAUGCUAUGGAGGAGGUAAAGAAAGCUGCAGAGGGAGAGUUUGAUCAGAUCUGUAAAGUUGCAAAACAGGAGAUUGUUCAACUCAAGCAGGAGCGUGUUGGACUGGUACAGAGAAGUUUGACUCAGUGGUGUGAGCAGCAGCUCCAGACAGCCAAAGAAGGGGCAGACAUUUUCAAUCAGCACCUACAAGCCUUUAAAGCUAUGGCCUAAGGCAUAGACCCUAAGGGACACCAUGGCUUUCAUGAGAUAUAAGCAAUCCGUCUAUUAGUUUCUCCUUAUGUUGCCUUAUGCGUUGUUAGACAUACAUUUUGUGCUGAACCUGAACCACUGGUUGCUAAAAAUCAUCUGUUUUCUCAACCAGACCUUUUCCCAAAUUUCCACAAUGACACUGUGUAAACAGACCCUGAAAAUUAUCAUCAAGCUUCCAAAUGUAAUCACACUAACUUUUAUAAAACUUGCCAGAUUUAACACUGUUAAUCUUUGAUUGCACAUGCGCUUUAUAAAAUGCUCCUGGAAUGCGCUAAGAUUGUAUUCUACUGGUUUUUAGCUGCUAUAUCAGCUGAGGGUCAGGCAUGAAAUAAAUUGUGAUGAAUUGAUUCCUAAAGCAACUGCUCCUAUAUCAUAAAUCAGUUUAUUUGUCCUGCAAGGACAUGGCUGCUAGGACUCUCUGUUCUUGCCUCCUGAAACAACCCCACUGUUUUUUAAUAUCAGAAAAUGCCUUUUUAUGGUUUAAAGACAUUUUAAAAAUAUCAGUCAAAAUUAAGAUGUACUUAGCUGAUAUUUCUGCACAUAACCUUGUAAAGGAGAUGUUGUCUGCUGUGGCUUGGACUUUCAUGUCAAAGCAAUGCUGUGUGCUUCAUCUUAUCUGCUCCAUCCGGGGAUGUCUGCUGAGUGAAAAACAGGUGAAGCAGCUAAGAUUGAAGGGAAUGAGUCAGCAUGAGACUGAUGAAUGCUUUCAUAUGUGGAGACAGGAGAGGCUUCACAAAAGUCCAAGAGAAGGAAAGCAAGUUAUUCCACCACAAUAAUGAGUGAAAGAGGUUGAUACUGUCUGCAAUUAACCUACAGAUUGAAUUACUAUUUGUUUUAUUCAUUGCUUAAAUGGUAAUUGUUUAUGAGCUUGUAUUUUUUUUGUAAAACAUAAAAUAGUUUAUUUGCAAGA